CUUCUUGAGGAAGGAUUUAGACUGUCUAGGUUGAAGGGUGCGAUUCAAAUGUGAAGAGAGAAACCCAUCCUGAUUAUGGUUUUGGCACCGGCACAGAGCAUUGGGAUAGUCUAGAACAAUUCCGAAAUCAGGUACACAUAUAUCUAUCUCUCUCGCUCUAUAGCUUCCUCGAAUUUAUUGCUUCUGUAUCUUCCAACAAUGGCUCCCGCUCCCAAAGACGAAGGUUUGAAGAAGCUCGAGUUCCUCUCCCUCGUAUCCAAGGUCUGCACGGAACUGGAAACGCAUCUAGGGUUUGGUGACAAAAUCCUCGCCGAGUUCGUCACCGACCUAGGGCGGAACUGCGAGACCGUCGACGAAUUCGACUCCAAGCUGAAGGAAAACGGCGCUGAGAUGCCCGAUUACUUCGUCCAAACGCUUCUGACGAUAAUCCACGCUAUUCUCCCUCCGAAUCCCUAGUCGGAGAAGGAUUCGAAGAAAGAGAGCGCUACGGAUGGUAGGAAGGCCAAGUACGCGGCGUUGGCGAUCUCCGAUAAUAGGGAUAGAGCUAAGGAGAUCGAGAGGGAACUCUAGUUGGAGACCCGCGAGCGGCGGGGAGACAGAGAAGAACGCGAAGAAGAAGGAGAAGACAGGCAUAUACGAAGGGGCAGAGACAGAGAUAGAGAUAGAGACAGAGACGGAGAUAGAAGAGAUAGGCGUAGGGAUAGAUACGAUAGAGAUGAGAGGCGUAGAGAUAGGGAUAAUGAAGAGGAUGAGGAUGAUAGAAGGGAUUAUAGGAGUAGGGAAAGGCACAGGGUCCCUUUUCCUUGUUCUUCUGCCUUUUCCUUUUCAUUUAUAUAUAUUGCUUGCUGUAAAUACCUACUGGAACUUACACUAAUAUUUAAGGCAUUGAUUCUUCCUUUUAUUUCCAGGCUAGUGUUUUAGCAGGGGAAGUUAGUGACAUUGUGCUCUUGAAUGUCACGCCAUUGUCUCUAGGACUUGAAACUUUGGGUGGUGUAAUGACAAAGAUCAUCCCAAGGAACACAACUUUACCCAUUUCCGAAUCCGAGGUACGGUAACACAGAGAAGCCGGGAAAAGAAGUUUGGGGGAUUUUUGAUUCCGUAAAUUAUGCAGGGAUUGCACAAAACGAAAAGGGUUUCUUGGGCUUCAGAUGUAGACCUUUGUCAGGUCAGGUUGUUCCUGUCAGAGGAAUCACCUUCACUAGUUGGGUUGGGCUCUCAAGAUCACCUCCAAGCAAAGGCAUCGUUCCUAUUGCAUUCAACUGGAUCAGGGUCUGAUGAUAAUCUUCCUCCCGGUUUCGAAGGGGCCCAUCCAGCUAACCACUUGCAGAUUAAGUUGUCUCAGAUUCCUCUAGUAAAAUGGAGAUCUCCUCCUCGGUUUGUGAUGGAUUUCACUUGGCAAGUGGUUGCUGGGGAAGAAAGCAAAGAGAGUGAGGUUGAAAAUCAGAGGGAGAUGAGAGUACUUGAAGCUGUUUAUCCACGUCCCUCGGCCAUUCCUCCAAACCCCUGUGUUUUGGCGGAUGCGGAAGACACGAGUCACAACGAUGAACAAGCUUUUUUGAUACCCCUCACUCCCAUUGAAGAUGAAGAUGUGGCAGUAGAUAUAUCUUCUGAUUCCAUGGCACCAUUUCCGGUUUCCUUAAGCCAACAGCCACUACCAUUGGCUGCUGGAAUUCCAUCUCCAUCCCAAUGUAGUUUACCUACCAUUUCAAACCCUCCUGCCCAGGCGCCAACUGGUGGAAUGGUUGUUGGUGCAGAACCUGAUGUUGCAGCAUCGGCAUCUGCCGCCUUUAAUGCAAUCGUGAAGGGCAAUGAGCAUGGAAGCUUGAUUGAUCAUGAAUUGCUCAUUAAAAUUCUAAGCAACCCAAAAAUGAUUGAGAAAUUGGUUACAGACUAUGGACCGGCUGCUAACACACAGGAUGUACCGAAGCCAAGGUCACCUCCAGUGUCUUCAUCAGAUCAACCUCCUGUUCACAUUGACCGGACUUUAUCUAGUACACCCCCAUCAGCUACCCUAUUGGCUGGUCCUUUCUUCCAUCAGCCAAAUGGGGUUGGAGUGGGACCUCCGAAUCCACGACUUCCUCUGCCCCCAGCCAUUCCAGUUUCCUCUCUACCCCUUGUUGGAGCUCCUCCAGCAAAGGACAUCAGUUAUUAUAAGAGCUUGAUUCAACAGCAUGGAGAAGAAAGACAGGAGGCCCUUCCACAAUAUGGUAAUAAUCGUCAGAGUCACCAGUCAGGAGCAAACCAGGAAUUAGUAAAUAACCAGAGAUCAAGAGAUCUGAGGCCCAAAAUAAUGAAGCCUUGCAUAUACUUCAAUAGUUCAAGGGGAUGUCGGCAUGGAGCCAAUUGUUCAUAUCAGCAUGAUGCAUCAUUCCAGCAGCGGGGUACUAGUGUGCCGGAGAUGCAAAGUGCAAAGCGAAUGAAAGUGGAUAGGGAAAUCAGCAAUUAGUCUCACUCCUGAAUGUGGCUCGUGCAUCAGCCUUCACUUUAGGUGUGGUAUAUGGAAGCGUGAAGCUUAAAGUUCUCAAGGCGAAGGCAAAGUCACAUAAGAAUGC